AGCCUUUACUUUCCAAAGUAUAGAAGAAUGUCGAUGUCUCGCCGGGUGGGCGGGCAACCACUUGUGCAUACGUGCACAUUCAUCUCCAAUUGUUUCUUGUCCAAUAUUCUUUGCGUUCUUCGUCUCGUGGAGGAAUGCCACCCAAAGAUGAUAUGCUAGUCAAGCCAGUUAUACCGAAGAGCUGUCGAGUCAGAUAUCGAAGAUGCAUAUGGGGUGAAUGCAUGUGGAGUGGAGCAAUGGACCAAUGGUGGAGUGGAUGCAUAUGGAAUGGAUGCACAUGGAAUGGAUGCAUAUGGGUGUGGAUGCAGAUAGAUGUGGCAAGGAUUCUCGCAGCCCCGUCUCAGAGCCUCCACUGUGGUGCCACGAGUGUAUGCAUAAGCCGGGGCUUUGGUCAUUAUGAUUUUCCGUGUGACUACUCCUGCAUCUGCUAAUCAUUCAUUUCUUGUCUGCUUUCCCCACGCUUUUUUUUGGUUUGAUUUCUUUGCGU